UUGACGGAUUGCGGUGAUGAUAAGAGCUCGUGGUUGGUGGCUGUGUGUGUGUGUGCCUCGGGGGUAGGGGUGCAUCGUGUGGUAUUUGGUCAUCUGGCACAGUGUCAGCUGCCUCGCCACGGCUUCUCUUGUAUAGAAUCACGCGGGGAUGUGUGCCUGAAUGCACGCCUCUGUGCCCCUGUUUAAACACAAUGGUAAUGAUGUAAUUAUUUUAAACCACAGAGCAAGUCUGUUAGGAGUUAGUGUUCUCCAUUCAGACGUCGUCUGCGGAUCGAUCCUGCCAUACGUUUAUAAACAGUAUAAAGUUAUCGAAGAGUGUACAUCGUGUAUCAUUAUCUUGUGGUGGUGGUGGUCUGUAUCGGCGGGUGGAACACGUGGUUCGGACUAUGGACAACUUCACGCUACGCGUUUUCUGCUGCUGGUAACAAUAAUGAUUUAGAGAUUAUUACUCGAGCAAAGCUUGUGGGCUCAGAUAAAGCGGCCGUGUGUGUGGAUGUUGACACGGGCAAUUGCGAAAACCGCUCCCAUUAACUCUCCACACCAUCAUUGCGUGAACGAACGAACGAGAAGAGGACGUCCCUCACUCACUCGGAGUGAGAGCUCUUUCAAAAGUGCCAACAUCAUUUAUUAUUGACGACCGACUCGGAGGUUUGCGACUAUUGCAGCUGCCACGUGAAUCAACAGACGCCUCCAGUGAAUAACGGAAGUCCACGCGGUAUUUAAUCCGACAGUGCCGUAAGCGAUCAUUAUAAUACGACGACCUUUUAAUUGUAAUUUACGUUUGUAAGGGUGCCGCUGCCAGCGUGGCAAUUCCUUAAAAGAAGCCACAGGGUUAAAGUGAAAUAGCGAGGCCGCGUGGCAGGACACAGCUGCUGUGUGUGACAGCCAUCACCCCCACCACCAUCAACAUCACACACACAUAGACAGCCAACAUCACACACACACACACAGACACACAGUCAGCCAACAUCACACACACAGAGACAGUCAACACCACACACACACACAGUCAGCCAACAUCACACACAGCCACACAGUCAGUCAGCCAACAUCACACACACACAGACAGUCAACAUCACACACACACAGACAUCACAGACACACACACACAGUCAACAUCACACACACACAGACAUCACAGACACACACACAGACAUCACAGACACACACACAGACAUCACAGACACACACACACAGUCAGCCUUGCGGCGGCGGCAGCAUAGUCGGGAGAAUGAAACAAAAGGCGCCAUCCGGCGAUGGUGUUGAAGGAGCCGCGGCUACCACUGCUGCUGCUGCUGGUGCUUAUGGUGUUGAUGGUGGUGUUGAUGGUGAUGGUGGUGGUGCCGCCGGGGACUCGGAUCGCUGUCACCCCUCGCCCAGCCCUGACGAGUCGGCGGGUGUCGUGGAGACGCGCCUGUUCCGCCGUCGUUGGGUCAUCGUGUUCGUGUUCAGCGCCUACUCGCUCACCAGCGCCUUCCAGUGGAUCCAGUACGGCAUCAUCAACAACAUCUUCGCCGGCUACUACGACGUGAGCACCACGGACGUCGACUGGCUGUCCAUGGUCUACAUGCUGUGCUACAUCCCGCUCAUCUUCCCGUCCGCGUGGCUGCUUGACACCCGCGGCCUGCGCCUCGUGGCGCUGCUCGGCUCGUUCCUCAACUGCGUGGGCGCGUGGGUGAAGACGGCCAGCGUGAAGCCCCAUCUGUUCGGCGUCACCGUGUUCGGCCAGCUCACGUGCGCCAUCGCCCAGGUCUUCAUCCUGGGCCUCCCGUCUCGCAUCGCCUCCGUCUGGUUCGGCUCCGGGGAGGUCUCCACUGCCUGCUCCAUUGGAGUCUUCGGCAACCAGCUCGGCGUGGCCGUGGGGUUCCUCCUGCCGCCCAUGCUGGUGCCCGCCUCGGACGACAAGGAGGUGCUCAGCUUCCACAUCCGCGUCAUGUUCUUCGGCACGGCGGCCAUCGCCACCGCGCUCUUCGUCAUCGUGCUGAUCGUGUUCAGGGAGGAGCCCCCCGUGCCACCGAGCCAUGCGCAGGCCAUGCGCAGGCAGACGAGGCGGAGCGAUUACUCAUACUGGCAAUCGAUCCGACGGCUGCUUACCAACAAAGCCUUUGUGCUUCUCAUCAUCACAUAUGGCAUCAACACUGGCUCCUUCUACUCCGUGUCCACGCUGCUCAACCCGAUGUUCAUCCACCACUACCAGGGCCAAGAAGUGAACGCCGGUCGCGUGGGGCUGACGAUCGUUGUGGCCGGGGUGCUGGGCUCUCUGCUGUGCGGCGUUUGGCUUGAUCGCACCAAGAAGUUCAAGCAGACGACUUUUGCGGUGUACUGCCUGUCCUUCACCGGGAUGAUCAUCUUCACGUUCACGCUGAACCUCGGACACCUCUGGGUGGUCUUCGUGACCGCUGGAGUGCUCGGGUUUUUCAUGACGGGCUACAUCCCACUGGGCUUUGAGUUUGCGGCUGAGCUGACCUACCCGGAGUCAGAGGGGACAUCGUCUGGGCUUCUCAAUGCAGCUGCUCAGCUGUUUGGCUUGAUCUUCACGGUGGUGCAGGGACAACUCACUAAACACUUCUCACCGCUCGUUGGCAACAUUUUCAUUUGCUGCAGCCUCCUGCUGGGCACUAUGCUCACAGGCCUCAUCAAGGCGGACCUGCGCAGGCUGAAGGCGAACCUCGAGAGAGGGACGGCCCAGCUCUGCAGCCUGGACGAUGGGCCCGAGCGGGCGCUGGACGGGCCGGUGCCCGGCUAUGUGCCCGUGGACCAGGGCUCCCCGUGACCGCCCGUUGCCCCCAGCACACGAGCGUGGCGUACAUCCCAGCGGCUGCCGUCAGCAAACCUGAACCCAACCUGAACAGAUACUCAGACGAAACGUUGUUUAUUUUACCAGGUAAGGCGCGACUUGAUCGCACUUUGCAGCUCUGUUUCAGAAGCGACCUGGCCACGUACGAUAGCCUAAAGGAGUGGCUUGUCGCGUGGAAAUUUACAGCAGCCAGAUACUCUAAACCCAACCCGAACCCAACAAAGACUCAGCCACGAGAUGCAAUGAGCGUGCUGCUGCUGCUGCGUACACUCGUGGCAGCGUCCGCAGAACAAACAGCCGUGACACGUGGUGUGUCGCUCGCCAUCAUCACUGUUGCACUUCCCCCUCGUAUUGCCCGGCCUGUGCCAUUGCCAAGUCGUCGCGUCCACGCGCGUGAGCGCAGACGUCUUGUGUGUUCCGUGUGCGUGUGUGUGCCCGUCCCAAUGCAUUGUCGAUUGCAAAAGCACAACCGUAGCUGUGCAUGCACUUGUGAUUGUGUUCUGAACAAAUGCCCUCUUUUUUUGUUUAUAACAAAAGACGGAGUGGAGCUCAUUUUAACACAAGAGUCCGUCUCUUUUAAGGACUCGAGUUCAUUCCUCAAGUCGAGGUGAACAUAAUGUGUCCCACUGGUCGUCUGUGAAAAAGAGCGUCAUAGCUCAUAGGAUUACCUCCGGCCUCAGUAAAGAUUCUGAUGAAGGAAGGUAAAGCGGGAAUGUAGGUGAAGUUGAAGAGUCGUCACUUAAGCGAGGAUUUUACUUUUCAAUAAGAGCCCGGUACAGAGCACAGAGCGCCACGCAGGUAGGAGGGCUACAGAAACUCCACGGACCUCAGUCCCGAACUCUGCAGCUCCCGGGAUGAGAGACGGGGGUUGGAGAUUGGGCUCACCGCCCCACCAAAGUGGUGACCGGGAGCGUGGUACCUCAACAACUUGACGUGGAGGUGAACAAGCAGUGGUGGUGCUGCUGCUGGUCGGUUGGGGGGCCCGAUGCAGAACACUGAUUAUUUAUCAACUCCGAGUGGAGGUGUUGGAAGAGAUGUGGAGAGUAGAUAGAGAUGUCGUGAGAUUAUAGUAUAGAAAGAUGCACACGGAACAGAGUUGUAGACGUCAAAGAAGGCGCAAGAUGAAAGAGACGCAGACAACAGCAAGGCGAGAGAUAAAUUCACCCUUUUUAUGUUAGAUGGGUUUUUAAUAUUCUUUGGGUCUUUCGGUGAAGUCACGUAAAUAGGUUCAAACAAAAUAACAAAAAACUACGACGUUUCGAUCACAACACAUGCGAUUAUCGUUUUUUUCCUCCUCCUGAUGACGACCGCUUGUGUUGCAAUCGAAACGUCGUCGUUUUCUGUUAUUUUCUUUCAACCUAUCUACGUGCCUUUACCGAAAGCCCCAAAGAAUAUGAAUUCCUGCAGUCAUGAAAGCUUUAAGUGAAGAUUUAGGUUUUUAAUGUUGAUUAGGAUAUGAAUUCGAGCUGAUAGUGGAUGCUGCCUGAGGCCCUCGGGUUUUUGCUUUGAUUCAACUUGUGACGAUCGCCACCAGUGAAGUCAAGUAAAACAGAAUUCAGUCAGGAUCAGGUCAGCUGUGCUCACGGAGGGUCUGGUGCCGAGCGAUGCCCUCACGUAAACACAGCUCUACUGGGCAAUGGCACCGCACACACGCGGCGUUGACGUCCAGCGUAUCACUCUAUCGAGACGUCGCCGUUGUGAAUGUCAACAUGUCACGUGGACAUCUUGGCGGCAACUAUCCCAUGGCAGCAUGUUUCGCAACUCCGAUUAGCACGGUUGGCUAACGUACGGUGCGGAAUAGGUUUAACACGCACACGUGCAUGUUUUAUAAUGCAACACGGGAGUUAUUUACACAGGGAGAACGGCCUCGCAGAUUCCCAAGGCACGUGUUAUGAGGGUCCCACUUUGGAUGUUCUGCGUCAUGUUGGAGGAGGCUUGGAGUGCCUGGAGGGAACCCCCACUCGUGCCAGGAGGUCACAAUGCAACGUGACACAGGUCGACAAACUCUACUCUGGCUCCUGUCUCCCGCACACAAGCGGUUGCCCCGCUCGUGAUACCAGCCAGCUCGGUUCAGCGCAGGACGAUCAGUUGAGUCGUGAUAAGAGGGAGACAAUUCAUGGUGCUGUCAAAUUCGCUUAUGGGUUGUUGUUUUUUUUGUCAACGGAGCUCUGAAUUUUGACACUAAUGAAAAAUCACGUGGCAUUUGGUACAAAGAAGGAAGAUCUGAGCAACGCUUGGAAACUUUACGAGUAAUCUGUGUUCCAUGAACGUGCGUGGUCUCGACAGGGUAUGAAAUGUUUUUACGACCAAGAGCACUGCUCCCUCUUUCUGAAGCGAGCGUUGCAAGUGCCUUGCUCACAUUCUCAUCUGUCAGCUCUGCGCAUCCUUCAAUACAUUUUCAUUGAAAGCACCGAUUUGUCACGGUCUGUAAGGCAACCGACUCCUGAUUGCCACAUUAAUGUCAUGGAUUGGCAGACAUUUAGAUAUCGUAUUUGCUGUGACUUUACGUGUGUGUUUAAUCCACGGAAUGGUGUUUCGAACCGUUUACAGAUGCGUGUGUUUUGUUGCGUGCCAAUUCAUACCGUUUGACCGGGUGAACCGUCAACAAGCUUACAUCACUACUGAGGUGUAUUGAGGCGUGAGAUCGGUUUGGGGAAAUAGUGUUGCUCGUUUAUUGUUGACGAGAAUGUAAUGACAAACAUUAGUUAAGACUCCAAGCGUGUCUCCAACUGAAGUAAUGACUGGGUGCUCAUAUUGACACUUUGUACAGAUUGUGCAGUCACUGCAAUGCACUGUUAUUGACAACUUCUUUGCCACACUGAGAUAUCUAUUUUUUCCAACGUAAAAACUUGUGCGCGUAAUACUCUCUUUAUCUAAUGCACAAGAGGAAUAGGGGAUGGCUCGUUUGUUUUGUCCUUUGGAGAUGCGUGCAUCGAAUGAGAUUCAAUUUUCUUUCGUGGAUCGCAAUCGUCACUAUUUUCCUCUUGUUGAGCACUUGCGGUAAAUGACGAAAUGUAACAAUAUUUAACCCACAUAUAAGAAUAGGUGUUACCCUUUAUGGCAAUAAAACAGUGGUGUUAAGAUGUUAAAACACCAAACUGAAACCUUUAGCAAGGAAUCAUGUCUGCAUUAACCACACGUACUUGUGUUGAACAUGCAAACAGAAGACAUGCCCUGAUAGUAGAUGAUGAUGCGUUGUCUUUGAAACUGAUUGGUCCACACCAGAGACGGCUUUCUUGAGAGCGUCGUCUCAAACAGUGGCGUUGAACACAAAUCGGCAACACAGGCAUUGUAGUCAAGUUUUAAUACACUAAGCUCUAACUGGGUGCAGCUACAUUAUUUAUACGAAUGUGUUCUUGCGUUGUGUUGAUUCUAGGUUUCUGUACAGCUGUGCAAACAUAUUUGUGUAAUGAUUACUAAUGACGUGCCAUCAAGUCAAAGAUAAAAAUCCAUCCACAACGCUUCUGGUGUGUGGAAGAACGCAGUGGAUUAUACAUAUAUUGACUUUAAAUUAUAUAAUUCUGAUGUGUCCUCACGAAAUAUAUUUUUACUAAAAUACCUCUUAUUGACUGAACAAACCAGCUUCGUUCACUUUGAGUAUGUAAUAACAAACCGUGAUUUAACUUUGUAUUCAAUAAACCGAGCAUGAUUACUUGUCA